AAAACUCUAAUAACAAGUGCCAGGUCGGAGGUCCUAUUUUGCUCGGCGACUAACUUUAGAAAUUCGAGUAGCUGACAUACGGAGGCCAUUCUUGUCUCGAUGAUUCAUGAGACGCGCGAAAAAACUGCGCACGAGGUUCGGUUUCUCUUGGUUUUCUCGAACGCAUUGGUUUCUUCAAAAUUACUUGCGUUAUAAUUUUUAAUCUAUGAUCUAUUAUCAUGGAAAAAGACCAAGCAAAGAUUGAUUCAAGCGAUUUUAAAAUAGGUGAAUUCACUGUUUUUUUAUUUCAUUUUUAUUUCUGUUUAUCGUGAAAAAAAAUCAAUUUUGAUAUACUCGUGUUGUAGAAUAUGAUGGAAAAGGACUAUUUUCAAGUGACGAAGAAGAUGAUUCGUUCUUUAAAUCUGAUGCGAUAGAUGAAAUUUUAAAAAUACAAAAAAAUCAUGCGCAAUCUCGAAAAAGGAAACUUGAAAGAAUAGUGGAGCAAAAACAUGAAAGUAAAUCUGAUAUGGAAGUGGAAAAACCCCCAGAGAUUGUAGAAAAAGUGCAAAGAAAACAAAGUUGGACAGAAUGUGUAGACUCCUUACGAGAAGCUAAAGAAAUAAUUCAGCAACAUGAAAUAGAAACCGGAACAUCGUAUUCUAACUACUUUAAGGAUGUAGCUUUCGGUGAAGACAAAAUUGAAUUAAAAGGAAAGUGUAUUUUGUUUGAAGACAAAAAAUCUGCCAUCUCUCAAAUAAUGUUCGAAGGGGUACCGUUUAUAGUUGUUGGAACAAAAAGCCUUGAUUGCGCCCAUGGUACUGAUAGGAAUGCUUCUCACAAGAAAAAAAGAAAAGGAAAUAAAAUAAGAAUGAUCAUUCAAUCGGAGCCUCGCGCUUCUUAG